AUGUCGCUGGCGAAGAGGCGGCCGCCUAGGUUCGUCGUCCAGCUUCACGACCGCAACAUCAGCUUCGUCAAGUCGAAGGACGAGCCGGCGGAGAAGCGCGACGAAAUCGAGUACUUCAAGGAUGGCAGGCUGCAUACGGCCAAGCGCGACCCGCAGGCUGCGGAGGACGCCAACGCGCCCUUCAAGAACGCAGUGGCGCUCAUCGAGACCCUGCAGGGGAGCGACGCGUUCGGCGUCGACCGGCUGCCCAACGCCAAGCACAACGAGCAGUUCGACAAGAUGGCGGGCGGGCUGUUCAACCCGGGCAUCAACAUAUGCUUCAUGAACGUCAUCCUGCAGGUGCUCACGCACUCGCCCUACCUCGCGCCGGCCAUGAUGAGGGCCGCCCACUCCAGGGUCUGCCCGAACGCGAAACGCAAAAUCGUGUGCGUCACAUGCGUGCUGGAGGCGCACGUCAAGCAGGCGCUGGGCAACCGCGUGGCUAAGAAGAACCCGUACGUGCACCUGGUCCAGAGGCUCAUUUGGAAGCAGUACCAGCUGGGCCGCCAGGAGGACGCGUUCAUCUUCCUGAAGCACCUGCUCGACGCGCUCAUCAAGGGGUGCUACGGGUCGCGCUACUCCAACAGCACCGCCACCAUGGUGCCGCAGAACGACGCCAUGCGGAGCUUCAUCGGCCGGAUCUUCGGCGGGUUCCUGAAGAACGUGCUCAUGUGCUCCCACUGCCACUACAGGUCGGAAAAGCUCGAGACCUGUUUCGACAUCUCCGUGGACAUUUACCGGGCGAACAACCUGGCGGAUCUACUCACGGCGUUCGUCAAGGAGGAGACCCUGGACCACAACAACAGGUACAACUGCCCCAAAUGCAAGCGGCACCAAAAGGCCACGAAGGCGAUGUCGAUUUACCGCGCCCCCAAGAUCAUGAACGUAGUGCUCAAGAGGUUCGGAAUGGGCGCCACCGGGUGCGAAAAGUCGAAGAAGGAGGUCUCGUUCCCGCUGAGCUUCUCCAUGUCUAUACACACGUCAAAGCAGUCGAAGCCAGUUUGGCUAACCUACGACCUUUACGCAGUAGUCUGCCAUCUCGGCAGGUCGCUGCACAUGGGCCACUACAUCGCGUUCGUGCGGGGGCAGCACGGGUUCUGGAGCUGCUUCAACGACGCCUCGGUCUCCACCGUCUCCCAGGAGGCGGUGCUGGGCCUCAGGCAAGAGGCCUACCUGCUGUUCUACGCAGUCAACGACGAGUGCGCGCAGAUAUGUGACCUGCUGACCAACGACAAGGCGGUCACGAACACCUUCACCACCAAACAAGUGCCCGUCAAUCGCAACCUGCAGACCACCACUGCGCAUUACCGGAACGACGUCCUGCGCGAGGACUCGCUCGCCGACGACGCAGAAACGGACAAUUGGCCCAAAUGGCCAUUGUACGAGUCGGUCAAGCGCAAGCAACCCGCCGAGCAGCAGUACAAGGUUUCGCUUAUGUCGCCAUCAAGCGGCACAAGCACAGACUCCGCGGAGGAAACCGUCGAAUCAAACCCCGAAUCUCACAAUGAGCUAGAUACGUCGCCAAAGGUCGAGAAUCCGCAAAUGGACUCGCUAAGGGUCGUGAAACGCUUUGUGACGAGACGGGUACACGGCCACCGACUGAAACUUAUCGGGCUUUUCAAGCAAUACCAGGUGUCUCAGGAUGUCAUCAGGGACAUCAUGCGCAUCAAAGAGCAACUAAAGGGGCGCCGUGGCGCGGCGGCUGACGAGGAACCGCAGAAACAGCAAGUGCGGGAAAGCGACGACGAAACGCAUUUGAGGCCGCUAGACACGGCGGCGGACAGCGACGUCGACACAUGGUCAGACGCGGACCCAGGCGACGCCUACCACCAACUCAAGAGCAGCAUACACCCAGAGCUACCCAAGAGAUCACAGGAGGACGUGGACUACGACCGCGGGAAGCUCAAGAAGGUCAGGAGCGCCCCGCAGCCGCCCUUGGGAGGCGUGCAGUACGUCACACACAACUCCGGAACCAAGAUUGCAGUGCACCAGAAGGACGCGUUCGACAGCGCGCUGGGCAACCGCGCGCGAAAACGACGCCACGCGGGCAACAAGCGACGCAGGUCUCGCAACCGCAGGUGA